AUGACAACUGUGAAAGUGAGCAAUGUUUCUCUUGGAGCAACCGAUCGAGACCUCAAGGAGUUCUUUUCCUUUUCUGGCGAUAUUCUCUACCUCGAGACCCAGAGCGAGACAGAACGGUCUAAACUGGCUUAUGUCACUUUCAAGGAUUUACAAGGAGCUGAAACUGCGGUUCUUCUCUCGGGAGCAACGAUUGUUGAUUCUUCAGUCAUUGUCACUAUGGCCCCGGAUUACCAACUAUCUCCUGAAGCUUUAGCUUCCUUAGAACCAAAGGACAGCACCAAAUCUCCUCGUGCAGGUGAGUCCGUGUUGAGAAAAGCAGAAGAUGUUGUGAGCAGCAUGCUUGCAAAGGGGUUUAUACUGGGAAAAGAUGCUAUAGCCAAAGCCAAGAACGUCGAUGAGAAGCACCAGCUAACAUCCACAGCAUCAGCCAAAGUGGCAUCUCUGGACAAGAAAAUCGGUUUCACGGACAAAAUCAACACAGGAACAAUCGUGGUCGGAGAAAAAGUCAGGGAAGUUGAUCAGAAGUACCAAGUCUCAGAGAAAACCAAAUCAGCAAUCGCCGCAGCGGAACAGACAGUGAGCAAUGCAGGUUCAGCUAUAAUGAAGAACCGUUAUGUUCUCACGGGUGCCACUUGGGUCACUGGAGCUUUCAACAAAGUGGCUAAAGCUGCGGAAGAAGUUGGGCAAAAGGCGAAAGAGAAAGUCGGUAUGGCUGAAGAAGAAGAGAAGAGGAAAGUGGUUGAUGAUUUCGCUAGAGUUCACUUGUCCGAAUCACCAAAGGCGGAUGAUGCAUCAUCGAAGCAAGAAACCGAACAUGAAUCAACAAAAGUCUCUGAAUCUCAUGAAGCAAAGAAAGAAUCUGAACAUCUCGAGCCGCAACCGCAACAAUCUCCUCCUCCUCCAUAUGUGGCUCCGACUCAACCUUGA